AUGGCGUACAAACGUUCUCGGCAGGCGUUCGAAGCUGAUCUACAGAAGCACUCGUCCCCCUACGUGGUCUACGGAACACCCUUACCACCUCUAGACGAACAAACUCGGGACGAUGGUUCGUUUGUACCAGUGUGGAAGCAGGAAGUCACAGACGAAAGAGGGAGGAAGCGCUUGCACGGUGCCUUCACUGGUGGCUUCAGCGCUGGAUAUUUUAAUACUGUAGGCUCUAAAGAAGGAUGGGCGCCUUCUUCGUUUGUCUCUUCGAGACAGAAUCGUGCAAAAGAUGGCUCCAAGCCUACGCAGCAGAGGGCCGAGGAUUUCAUGGAUGAAGAAGACCUGCGCGAAGCCGAAGAAGCUCGCACUCUCGGUACCUCCGAUGAGUUUGCAGGAUUUGGUACGGAGCAAGAUGCGAUGCGCAGAAGUGCUGCUAUCGACAUCUUCCGACCCAUGGAGGAGACAAUUGGUUCAAAGCUGCUUAAGAGGAUGGGUUGGCGUGAAGGUCAAGGAGUUGGCCCGCGGAUAAAAAGAGCAGCAAACCUGGGUGACGAGGAGGCCGACGCUUCGGAGACGCACCUAUUCGCUCCUGAUGAUGUGCGGAUGGUGUCGCUUGCGCGCAAGACAGACCGCAAAGGACUUGGCUAUGAGGGCGAGCUACAGGCUGCGGGAAAUACGAGCAACAACAGUCAAGGGCAUCGUCAGAAGAUCGUACGUCCAACUAACUCCUCUGACGAUGAUACCACUGGCCCCCAAGCCUCCAAGAAAUCCGUACCCCUGGUUCGGAGGACUGGUAUAGGAUCAGGCGUGCUUAACGACGAUUCCGACGAUGAAGACCCGUAUUCUAUGGGGCCUAGGAUGUCCUAUAACAAAACUCUAGGUGGCGACAAGAAAACGAAAGCCAAAUUGAAAAGUGUGCAGAGUGCCGCCAACCCUUUGCUCAAAACGAAGCCUACUUUCAUUUCAAAGAAGCUUGCAAGCCUUAAAGGUGCUCUCAGAAAGUGUCAUGAUGGCCGGUUGCCUCCAGAUGGAUUCGUACUUGCAGACCAACUGGACUCUUUCGGAAGUCUAACAUUGCAGGACGACAAGUACAAACCGCCUGGAGUACCCACCGACUGGAAAUCGUCCCUGACCAGUAACACUGAGACAGAGGCUGAUACGACGUUCGUGUCCACCACCGACGCCGCCAAAGCUUCUAACAUGACAGCAAAAGCACGAGCCUCCAUUUUAGGAGAGGCAGUACUUCCCGGGAAGUCGGUGUUUGAUUUCUUGACGCCUGGUGCUCGUGACCGACUUGCGACGGCAUCAGGACGUCAAAACCUGCCUGCCGCAGGGAGCGAGGCACCACCGCCAGGGUUCGAGGCUCCCAAAGCAGCAACUCUGCAGAGCCUGAUACCUCACCUGGACAAGGCCACAGCCCUACAAGCACUCAACCGUGGAGUAGGUGGGUGGAUGCCCUAUGCUGAAGAUGAGAACAAGAGGACCAGAUACCGAAUCUACCUAGAGAUUCAAGCGGGUCUCAGGCAGACUGAUGGCCAAGAUGAGGUUCCUCCUCGUGCCAAAGGCAUCAAACAAGACGACUGGGUGCUCGAGAUGAACGAGUUCGCCCAGGCUGCCGAGGUUUUCAAGCCAAUCAGUGGCUUAAUGGCCAGUCGUUUUACAUCAUCAUCUUCGUCUCUCCCGCAGGGUCAACAUGUAGACCCCGCAACAGCGUCCGCCGAAUCCCUCUUGACAAGGCCUGUCGAGAAACCGCAAGAUCCAGCAGAGUCGGCGGCGAAAUUGGGCAUGUUUGGUCCAAUGACGCGAUCAGUCUCGAAUUUCUACCCGACGAGACUGGUCUGUAAGAGGUUUAAUGUCCCAUAUCCGGAAUAUUCUGCUUCUGGAGUCGCCGAUGGUUCAGGCAAGAGAGCCACUCCAGCUGGCGAGUCAGGCUCCGGGAUGCCUCAAUUUCGGUCAUUUGCGUCCGCCGGCUUUCACGAUGAUGACUCAGCAGAGCCCAAGCCAGCUCAGAGGGUUGAAGCCGAUGACAAGCCUCCUGCUUCAGAAGCACCUGAAAGACGGGAGGGCUUACAAGUAGCGUCACAAGUCUUGGACCCGGAAAAGAAUGAAGCGCUUGAGCAAGAGAGACCAGGUGAGGCGGUCUUCAAAGCGAUCUUCGGCAGUGACGACGAGGACGAUGAUUAG